CGGGCACGGCGUGAUUUGCUGCCAGCGCUGCAUCCCGAGCUGCAUCCCGAUGAGCCGCCGCGUCCUCUCCGCUCUCGCCGUGCCUGCGGGGGUGUGCCUGGCCGCGGCCGCGGCGGGCUUCCAGUCCCUCUGCCAGGAAGCUGAGCAACCUGGGGAGAAAAAGGCCAGUGAGAAAAAGGCAACCAAAAGCAGGUGGUCUCUGAGCAGUCUGGGGAAAGGCACAAGGGAUAUCAAGACGUGUAACCUGACGGGCUGGUGGGAGAAUGAUCUGGGCUCCAAGAUGAAAGUGUUUGAGGUUGGCAACGACGGGACCUUCUCUGGUGAGUACCACACUGCAGUGUCAAGCACCAAGAAACCCAUCCAGCCAUCUCCACUGACCGGCUCCCAGCAUCUGGAUGAGGAUGGACAGUGCACCUUCGGCUUCACUGUCAACUGGAAGAAGUUUUCAGACUCCACAGCUGUCUUCGUGGGCCAGUGCUUCAAUGGGGAUGAUGGGAAGGAGGUCCUGCACACCUCCUGGUUGCUUCGGGAGAAAGUUGACUCAGAGUCAGAUGACUGGAAAGCCACCAGGACCGGCCGCAACACCUUCACUCGAAUAGGCUGAAAGGAGGGAGAAGAAUCUAAUUCUGGACACACGUGAGGAACAUGAGUCCCCUCAGCAGGAUCAGAGUUUCCAGCUCUGGAGGGACAUGUCGCAAAACACACCAAAUAAAAUUAAAGAUAUUUAAACACAA